AUGGCGUUUAAUAUUUUGACAUUUUUGAACGGAGGAACUGAUUCUCACUCCUCUCUCUCCUCUUUCUCUUCUCUCCUCUCUCCUUACUCCUAUUCUUCUCCUCUCCUUCUCUUCCCUCUCUUCCUUCCUUCUUCCUUCCUCCCUCUCUCUUCGUGCCUCCUCUCCUCUUCUCUUCUCUCUCCCUCUCCUUUCUCUCCGUCUUUCUCUCCCGCUCCUUCAUCUUCUCUCUUCUCUCUAUUUCUCCUUUCUCUCUUUCGUCCUCUUCUUCUCCCUCUCACUCUCUAUUCUCCUUCUCUUCCUCCUCUCUCCUCUCUCUGUCUCCGCCUCGCCUUCCUUCGUUACUCCCCGCCUCUGUCUCUCGCGCUCGCCUCUUCAUCGGGGUCUCCUCUUCCCCUGUACCAUCUAGUCUCCCUCAUCCGUCUCUCCGACCUCUCCUCUUCAUUCCCUCUUCCUUCGUUCCUCCCCUCUCCUCAUCAUCCCUCCUCUUCCUCUCCCUCUCCUCUUCCUCCUCCUCAUCCUCUUCCUCCCUCUCCUCUUCCUCCCUCUCCUCUUCAUCCCCAUCGCUUCUCCUCUUCCUCCCUCUCCUUCUUCAUCCCUCUCCUCUUUCAUCCUCGCUCGCUCUUCCUCCCUCACCUCUUCCUCCCUCUCCUCUUCAUCCUCUCCUCUUUCCUCCCCUCACCUCUUCCUCUUCUCCUCCUCCUCUGUAACCCUGUCCUCCCUCUUCGCUCUCCUCCCUCGUCCUCUUCUGCGUCCCCUCCUUCUCCUCCCUCGUCCCUCUUCUUCCUCUCCCCUCAGCUCUCCUAUAUUGCUCUUCUCUCACUCCCAUUCUCUUCCUUCCAUUCCUCCACCCACUCACUAUUCUCUCCCCAUUCUCUCCCUCCUAACUAUCUCCUUCCUUCCCCGCCCCCUCCUCCUCCUCCCUCCUCCCUUCCUUCCGCCCUCCCCCUCCUCCCUCUUCUCCUUUCCUCCUCCCCUCCCUCUGGGUCGGUCCUUCUAUCCUGGUCCGCUUAUCCACUCCUCCUCCUCCGGUCCCUCUCUCUCCUCUCCUUUCUGUCCGCUUCUACUCUCUCCUUCACCACCUACAAGCAUAUCUCCUCCUCCUCACCGCCUCCCUCCGCUCCUCUACUAUCCUCCCCCCUCUCCCUCCCCCUCCUUCCCUCUCCUCUCCUCUAA